AUGGAAGGGUUUUUUAAACGAAAAGAAUCAUCUUCGGGGCCUAAUAUGGUUGAUUUAGAUAAGCUUCCUUGGGAUCCUGCCGAUAGGAUAAGAAUUUUGGAUUAUCACCCUGAUCAAAGAGAUGAGAUACGUAGAAAGUAUUGGCUUAAUGGACCUUGUCAACCUCGUGGUCAUAACUUCCCGACAAAAUUGAUAGGGAAAAAAAAGCGACGUUUCGUCAAGACUUGGUUUGAUGAUUAUGGUAAAUGGUUAGAGUACAGUUCUGGAAAUUAUGUUGGGAACCAAGGUGGACGUGAUGUAUUUUCACAACAAGGGUGUCAUGCUUGGAAUAAGGCGAUAGAUACAUUUGAGACACAUGUUGGUGAUGUCAAUAGUGCUCAUAAUAAAGCACUUAAAAAAUGUGAGGAUUUAAUAAAUCAAAAUCAGUCUAUUGCCACUAAUUUUCAUAAGCAAGAUGAUAUUACGAAGAAAGCGAACCGAAUUAGAUUGAAUGCUACAAUUAAUGAUUGUAGACUUCUUUUGAAAAAUGCAUUAUCAUUUUGUGGGCAUGAUGAGAGCAAAAAGUCUCUUUGCAAAGGAAAUUUCUUGGAGAUAAUGGACUUAAUUAUGCUUCAUGACAAGGAACUCCGCGAAUUACCAAAAGCAGCAGGUAAUAAUCAGUAUUUAUCUCCAAGUAUUCAAAAAGAUAUUGCUAAUUGUUUUGAAGAAGAAGUUGUAAGCUCCAUUUUAAAAGAAAUUGGCGACGAUGUUUUUUCUUUAUUGGUUGAUGAAUCUAGUGACGUGUCAAAAAAGGAACAAAUGGCAAUUGUUUUGCGAUAUGUAGAUGCUCACGGACUUGUUAAAGAGAGAUUUGUUGGUCUUGUUCAUGUUAUGGAGACAUCCUCUUUAGCCCUUAAGUAUGCGAUCGACACUUUUUUUGCUAAAUAUGGAUUAAGUUUGAAAAGGCUAAGAGGUCAAGGAUAUGAUGGAGCAAACAAUAUGCGUGGUGAGUUCAAUGGUUUAAAAGCAAAGAUCUUAGAAGAAAAUAGCUCGGCAUAUUACGUACAUUGUUUUGCUCACCAACUUCAAUUGGUGGUUGUGACUGUUGCAAGAAAGCAUUUGGGCGUAGUGAACUUCUUUGACAACUUAAGCAUUUUGAUGAAUAUUGUAUGCUCUUCUUGUAAACGAACAGACAUUCUUCGCUAUAACGAGAAAGAGAGAGUGGAAAAGGAAAUUGGUAGUGGUAUACUAGAAACAGGAAGUGGGUUAAACCAAGAGCUUUCUUUUAUCCGACCGGGAGAUACAAGAUGGAAUUCCCAUUAUAAAACACUUAUACGUUUGGUAGACAUGUUUCCCUCUAUCAUUAGAGUGCUUGAAUAUGUUAAAAAGGAAUGCAAUAACCCUUCUACCCAAAAUCAAGCAUUCAAAAUGAUAGGGUUUUUAAGCUCAUUUGAAUUUGCUUUUUAUCUGCAUUUGAUGUUACACAUUUUAGGCCUUACAGAUAUAUUAUCACGAGCUCUUCAAAGAAAAGAUCAAGACAUUUUGGAAGCCGUUUUAUUGGUGGAAACGACUAAAGGAAAGUUGCAAGAGUUUAGAGAAAGGGGAUUUGAUCCACUUUUAGAGAAAAUCCAUUUGUUUUGUGAAAAACAUAACAUUGAAAUCAUGGACAUGACAGAAAACUAUAUCAGUGGUGGAGGUCCUAGAGCCAAAAGACAAAGGUACGAUAUGACUAAUCAACAUUAUUACAAGUUUGAUUGUUUUAACACUGUUGUGGAUAUGGAAAUUCAAGAGUUUGGUGAUCGCUUUACUGAGAUUAACACAAAAUUACUUCAAAACAUGACGGCUUUCAACCCGUUUGACUCAUUUUCCAAGUUUGAUGCAUCAAUAUUAAUGAGAUUGUGUGAGUUUUAUCCAUAUGAUUUUGAUAAUGGGGAGAAAGUUGUUCUUGCACAUCAACUUGACUUGUACAUUGAUAGCGUGCGAAAAGAUGAACACUUUUCUAACUUGAGUGGGAUUGCCGAUCUUGCUAGAGUUAUGGUGGAAACGAGAAAACAUAUAUCAUUUCCUUUAGUGUAUCGGUUGUUAAAGCUAACAUUGGUUUUACCCGUUGCAACCGCAACAGUUGAGAGAUGUUUUUCAGCAGUGAAGAUUGUAAAGACAAAUUUGCGUAAUCGAAUAGGUGAAGAUUUUCUGAAUGCUUGUGUAGUUUGUGCAGUAGAAAAAGAAGCGCUUGAAAGUGUUACAAAUGAAGUUGUAAUUGAUCGUUUCCAAAAGAUGAAAUCACGUAGAGGACAACUGUAA